UGUCCCGGGCGGGGGCGCUGGAAGAGAACUGGGAGGAAGGGCGCCGAGGACCGCCUUUGGUUCUGCUGUCCACCCGGUCCCGACACCCAGCUGGCCAAGAUCCAGGACAGAGCUCUUGGCACCAUGAACGCGGUCAUUGGCAUCAUUCUCCUGACAGUCUUGCAGGUAUCCCAAGGACAGAAGGUGACCAGCCUCACGGCCUGCCUGGUGAACCAGAGCCUCCGCCUGGACUGCCGCCACGAGAACACCACCACCACGCCCAUCCAGUAUGAGUUCAGCCUGACCCGGGAGACGAAGAAGCACGUGCUCUUUGGCACCAUGGGCGUGCCCGAGCACACAUACCGCUCCCGCACCAACUUCACCAGCAAGUACAACAUCAAGGUCCUCUACCUCUCCGCCUUCACCAACAAGGACGAGGGGCUCUACACCUGCGAACUGCGCCUCUCUGGCCAGCCGUCCACCGUCUCCUCCCAGAACAUCUCUGUGUUCAGAGAUAAGCUGGUCACGUGUGAGGGCAUCAGCCUCCUGGCUCAGAGCACUUCCUGGCUGCUGCUGCUCCUGCUCUCGCUGUCCCUCCUCCAGGCCACGGACUUCAUCGCUCUGUGACUGGCUGGGCCCAUGGAGGAGAUAGGAAGCCGCGAGGUCCAGUGCAGAGCCCCUACUUCUCUGAGUCGGCUGACCCCCUCCCACCAGUCCCUCACACAC